AUGGAGUCGAUAUCGCUGCCAGGGACGCUGCCGGGGCCGCUUCAGCGCGUGCAUCUGGCGCACUUUUCGCAGCUCCACCCCGACACGCAAUCGGCGGGCAUCAUCCGACGCAUCAUUGCGGCCUCGCAGCUUCCGACGUCGACAGACACGGGAGCGUCCGAAUUGGAGGUGCAGCAGGCAGAUGCAGAGCGAGCUAGGCUCGACUUUGCGUUUCUCGACCCGACCAAGCUGUGCUCGAAGCAGCAUGUGCUUACGGCGGUCACGCAGGCGGCUGUUGUGUGUGCGCGCAGCUGGGACGCUGACGCGAAACGAUUCCGCGAAGGAGAGGGAAGCAUAGGUGGGAUGAAGUCCAAAACUCCGCAUUCCGAGGUGAUCUAUAUGCUCAAUCCGGGAAACAAUGUGGGCGAGUCGUUGAAACGGUUCGGUCUGUCGCCGAAAUCAACAUCGCUUCUGCUGGUCAAGUUUUCAGCGAGCGAUGCGGAUCCGGAUCAGAUCCUCCAAGCGAUGACCGAGGUUGUCGGUCCCAACCUCACACUUCCCUCCACUCAGGCCGAGGAAUCGCUGGUUCUAGACCAGGCCAUUCGAUUCGGAAAGUACCUCCCAUCCGAAGGGCAAGGGAAACUAGUGACCGACUGGAAAGAGCUCAACAAGAUCUACAAGCUCCAGAUCGAUGCCAAGCUGCUCAGCAACGCCGACACACAAUCGUGGCACCAGAGGUACGAGGACAUCAUCUGCACAUGCGUCGCCAUGAAGCUCGUGGCCGCAUAG